AUGAAAGUGUUAAUAAUUUUAGCAGUGUGUGUGGCUGCCGCAACUGCACAAUUUGGAGGAGGCUUUGGAGGCUCUCAAUCUCAAGCGCAAGCUCAAGCCCAAUCUCAGUCCUUAGGUUUCGGCGGCGGUGGUUUUGGUGGCGGUGGAUUUGGUGGUCGUGGCGGCGGAUUCGGUGGUCGUGGCGGCGGAUUUGGUGGUCGUGGCGGCGGAUUCGGUCGUGGUGGUCGUUUUGGUGGCGGCGGCUUCGGUGGUGGUCCAGGUUUUGGUGGUGGUGGCUUCGGUGGUGGUGGCAGUAGUUCCGGUGCUCAAGCUAGCGCCGGCAGCAGUGGCAGUGGCGGUGGCGGUGGAUUUUUUGGCUAA